AUAUCAUGUUUUGUUUUUAUUGUUGGGACGUAGGGUUUGAGUGAAAUACCUAUUAUGUUUUUCGUAACGUUCUCAUAAAAUCAUUCCUACUGAACGCAAACGGUUAGCUAAGUAAUAAUAUAGCUGAAUAAUAAUUUGAAAAUGAAACUUCAUAAUUCUACUGCUAAAGAUUCUGAAAAAAUAUCUGAUGAAGAAUUGAUACGGAGCCUUUUAUAUUGUUUCCAAGGUGUUGACAGUAAAUGGGUUGUAUUUAACAAUUCUAAAAAGCAAUUUGAAGUAAAAGCAAAGUUAGACUUUUAUCAAACUCAAAAAUGUAAUCGUCUCAUGGAGUUGGGGUAUUUACACAAAGUUGUCCAAGAAUAUAUUGACAGAAAUAGUAGUAAUAAAAAUGGGUCUGUUGCUGCAGGAGUAGCUCAUUGCUUACAUACAGAACUCUGUAUAUACUAUGGUAGUAUAAAUGAACUACAAAAAGAGAUGGAAGAAGCGUGUGCAAAGUCCAAACCAUAUUUACUUGGCAACAUUUUGUGCUGGUCUGUAAUGUGGUUAGGACAGUUACAAGAUUUAGCUUACACAGUAAAAGUGAUUGAAGAUGCUAAACGUGGAGGUGAAUUGGUGUCUGUCAUUGCACCAUUUGCUUAUUGUGCAAAUCCUUUUCUACAACAAAUGGCUAAUAAUAUGAUUAGGAUUGCAACAAAGCCAUUGUUGAUGAUGAUGUGCCAUUGGAUGGUAGAUGGAGAACUGCUGGAUCCGUAUGAUGAAUUUUUUAUAUCAGAAUGUUCAGGAAUAAAAAAUGUUGAUAUGUGGAAUAAUAGAUAUAAAAUUAGAGAAUCGAUGGUUCCUGCAUUUUUUACUAAAGAUGAUGUCAACAGUAUAUUUCGAACUGGACGGUAUAUAAAUUUUCUUCAUACAAUAUGCGGCAGCAAGCCUAGUCUUACACCGUCAAGGGAAGCAUUAAAAGAACUUAGGAAUUUAGGAGAUAACGAUUUAUUUCCAAUGCUGGAACAAGGUAGCAUUAUAUCUGAUAUGGUAAGCAAAGCGUGUACAGAAUCAUCAGCUAUGGUGUUAGACAUUUUAAAAGAAAAGUUCAAGUUGUUUUUACACUUUGAGGGUCUUCGACGGUAUAUGCUUCUUGGUCAAGGAGAUUUUGUCACUGGGUUAUUAGAAAUUCUACAACCGCAUUUAGACAAACCUUCAGGUACAUUGGGGCCACAUAUGUUUCAAAAUUUUUUGGACACUGCAGUUAGAAUGAGUAAUGCUCAGUAUGAUGAACCAACUAUAUUGAAAUCUCUUGAUGUAAAACUAUUGCUCACGUCUGGUGAAGAUUGUGGGUGGGAUAUAUUUCAAUUAAAUUACGUUACCGAUGGUCCUUUGGAAACUAUUUUUGAAUUUAGCCGAAGUGGAAGAUAUUCACUAAUGUUUGUGUUUUUAUGGCGUUUGAAGAGGAUUGAUUUUGUGUUGUCUCAAAUGUGGAGAGAGUUAAAACUACAAAUGAAAAAUUCGUAUUACAUAGUUCCUGAAAUAAGAUGUGCUUUGAAGUCAACUAAUAAUUUGGUAGCUGAAAUGGUACACAGCAUAAGACAGAUACAAUUUUAUGUGCUUUCUGAUGUCAUUGAAACAGAAUGGGAACAUUUUCGUCAAGCAUUUAAUAAAGCAACUCUUUUGGAGAAUGUAAUAAAUGCUCACGACAAAUAUCUAAAAAAUAUUUUUAAACGAUCAAUGCAGACUGAAGAAUCACACGAUUUGUCAAAGAAGAUGCGUCAACUAUUUGAGUCUGUCCUAGAACUUCGGGGCAUCCAAGAGACAUUUCACAGUCAAUCUGAACAGGAAAUGCAAAGGCGAAAAGAUCUUGAUAAGUAUAUCGAGGUGCACGGUACGUGUAACGAUAUAGAAAAUGAUGAUGCUGAGGAAAAGGAGGUAUUCAAGUAUAAAGUUUCUAAGUAUGAAGGUGUCAUAAAAGAAAUCAAUAAUUCUUACAAGACUGAUUUGGGAAUAUUUUUAAAAAAUCUUAUUCAAAUAUCUACUGACGAUCAAGAAGCUUUACAAUCAUUAGCCAAUCGUAUUAAUUUUAACCAAUAUUAUAGCAAAAAUGAUCAAGAACUGGAAAAAUGUGCCACAUAUGUUUGCAGAUCUCAAAUGUCCAAGUAUUUACCGAAAGGUUCAAGAAAGUCAUAAAAUCGAACAAAACUAAAUAAAUAGAUCUAUUUUAGUUUUUUUUUUUUAAAUGAUAAUAAUUCUUUGAUAAAUAAUUUUAAUGUCCUAAACGAUCAAGUCAAUUUACACUAUAUGAAAUUUUCUAUUUUUUUGUUAAUGUUCAUGUUUUAUUAUUGUUGUAAAAGCAUUUUACAACAAUCUACUUAUGACAUGUUAUUUCAUGACCGUUCAAUAAGGAACAGCUUUAAAGACAUAAUUUUACCUACAUGAUUAUUUUUGAAAACGUUGAAAGCUAUUCAUUAAAAUCAAGUAAUUGAACAAAUAUUAAUUGAAGUAAACAAAUUAUAGUACAAUUAUUUGUCAUACAAUAAUAUGCUUAGUGUCGAACAGUCUGUAUAUAAAUUUAAUAAUGCAGAAGAAACAGCUGUUAUACAUUAUUUUUAAAAAUGAGUUAGUUUUAGCUAUAAUCCAGUAACUUCUUAUUUUGUCUUCCACAUUUUUAACCAUUGUUCAUUUUAGCUAAUUCUUCUACAUGAGUAUAGAGUAAUAUGUUUUAGACUCGAUUUUUAUAGGUAAACUACUAAAUUAUGUGCAGUCUUUUUUUUUCGAGUAUUUAAAUUAUUUAUUCAGUUAUAAAAUUAUGUCAAAUAACUUAAAUUAACUUAUCAUUACACUUAUUUGUCUACAUUAAAAAGUAUAGAAAAAUGCU